AUGAAUGAUGUUGUGGCCUUGUCACGGCAAAGUCGUGGGAUGCAUAGCGUUAUCGACGUCUCCAAUCGCCACAAAUAUCACGAAUUUAAACUCGGUCGAGAAGGACGGAAUUUCACAGACCAGCUCCAGGCUGGCCAGGACAUGCUGCUCAAAAUCUUGGCCACCCCCUCUUUCGCAGACUAUCGUCGCCUAGAGUUGUUUAGAGGCGAAACAGACUCUGGUGUUGCUUCCUUUGAAUCUGAGGUUACUCAACGGGUCCUCUCUCCAGAAGAUAUCAACAGACUCAAACAGGCCCUAACAAAAGCCGGACUUGAAAAGCAUCAGGACCGAGAAUCUAUCCUGUCUAUCCUUAGACAAGAUCCAGUUUUCUUUAGGUCCCCCGAGCAGCUUCCUGGGUUUGGCGUCCACUGCCUACAGGGUGAUGCCAAUGGACUGAUCGGCAGCCAAAAUGUCAUAAACGUGGAUAACCUGAGGGACCUCAGCUCUUCAAGCCUCCCCGUAGGCCUGUCGCCGGGCAUAUCUAAUACCGAAUCCGUUGAUCAUGGCGUCAUCGGCAGCGAUCAAGAUUCCUUCCGCCAGCAUCCAGGUUCCCUAGGAAGCAUAAGCAGCAGCGACAGCACCCGCGGAAGUGCACCAGACAGCCUUGACACAGAUUCCCUACCGAGAGCGCUUAUAGACGGUUCAGCGCCCACCAGCUCCUCCGGCGCCAGCGCGUUAAGUCCUAUGGCAGCAAAUAAGCAUGAUGCCAGCCCAGGCAAGCUCUCGGCGCUUCACAUCGCCCCGCAGGAGAGCCACCGCCGGAUCAUGCGUGUGCUGCUCCAGCACGGUAUUGACUGCAAUGAGAUGGAUAGCGACGGGCUCACGCCCCUGGCGCCCGAGCGGCUUGGCUGUGGCUGGGAGUUUUGGACUCCACCCAAGGUUUUGGAUUUGGUAUGA